ACAUGAGGCACCGGUUUGCGGCACCAAAAUAGACAGGCGCCAUUUUGUAAAGAACAAGAAAAGUUGCAAAUCAUCGAGCGAAGGAGAUACCUUUUCCAUCCGACGCAUCUGGGGGAAUUUUGGCUAUCUCGGUAGCCAGAAUUUAUUCCAUACAAACCUACAAAUUCUAUAGCAGGGGUUGGUUUGAUCCUUUUUCUCCAAAAUGUCUAUUAUGUCCUACAACGGCGCCGCCAUCAUCGCGAUGGUUGGCAAGGACUGCGUUGCCAUAGCAGCAGACCGUCGGUUCGGCGUGCAGGCCCAGACCGUGUCCAUGGACUUCCAGAAGGUGUUCCAGAUGGGAGACAGACUGUUCCUGGGUUUACCUGGGCUCGCUACAGAUGUACAGACAGUUGCGAACCGUAUGAAGUUCCGACUGAACCUGUACGAGUUACGGGAAGCGCGGCAGGUCAAACCUAAGACCUUCCUGUCCAUGGUCUCCAACCUGCUGUAUGAGAGAAGGUUUGGACCAUAUUUUGUAGAACCAGUCAUAGCCGGCCUGGACCCCAAGACCUUUGAACCCUUCAUCGCGUCCUGUGACCUGAUUGGUUGUCCCAUGGUGACGGAGGAUUUUGUCGUGAGCGGGACGUGCUCGGAACAGAUGUAUGGGAUGUGCGAAUCUCUCUGGGAACCAAACCUGGAGCCAGACGACUUGUUUGAGACGAUCUCUCAGGCCCUUCUUAAUGCUGUGGACAGAGAUGCCGUGUCUGGAUGGGGGGCUGUGGUACAUGUCAUAGAAAAGGACAAGGUGACAACCAGAACACUGAAAGGAAGGAUGGACUAGUUAGACUUUUCUUACGUAAACUGUUCCUGAACUUAGUUGCACUUAAUAGUAGAACAAAAACGUACAGAAACUGAUGAAACUGUUGGCAACUUCGUUGACAUUUGAUGUCUUUGCACUGUAUUGAUGAGAUGUACUGAUGUAAUGGAAUAAAUGAGAGACAUACCGGUAGAUU